AUGCUGCAGUGGAUCGAUCUGGUGCGCGGGCGCUUCGACGUCGUCACCCGGCGCCGCGCCGUGGGCGUGUUCAAGGCCACGACGCCGUGGAUGCACACCGUUGCUGCCCUGGCGCUGCAGGCGAGCCCGCCGAGCGAGCAGUUCCCGCCGCGCGCGAUCGUGGCGGCCACGCUCGGCCUGGCCCUCGUCGCGGCGGGCCUGCUCCGCGCGGACGACGCUGUGCUUCCGGCCUGCACGACUGACGUGCGUUCGCAAGACGCCCUCGACGAGGUCUUGCAGGAACCGGAGGAGUGCCUCAGGGACGCCGAUCCCGUUUGUUUGGAGGCGAAGGCGGCACGUGCCGUUCUGGAGUUCGCGACGGGCCUCACGAUCGAGGAGGUGCGAAACUACGUGCCAUGCGUGGUGAUUUUGGCCAUCGGGGCGUGCAACAGGCAACAGCAGGCGCAGCACACGGGGGCGAUGAAGGAGGCGUCCGUCCACUGA